UUUGCCUUAUUCCUGGUUCGAAAGUUGAAGCUUUAGAUUGACCAGGACGUGUGACAAGCCGAAAAUAAACAAGAUGGUUUACGUGUCACAAGGGAAUGUGGUCGACUCACAGUCACCAUGGAGACUGUCCUACAUUCCAGAAAUGUUUUGGGGACUAAUUAAUUUCAUUGUACUAUUCUUCCAGACUUUGGUGUCACCCAGUAUGACAAAGAAAGGUAACUCUCACGUGACCGACUACCGAUCAGGACAGGGGCCCCCACCCCCUCCAAGGAGAAGAAUGGGUGGAUUUAGAGGCGGUGGAGGAGGACCUAGUGCCCCACCAAUGGGUGGCGGAGGAUGAGGAAGGUAAACACUCGGCUGUGUUGAUUCCCUUUAUGGGAGACCAUAGUCGAGUGUAAAUCCACACAUUAAGUUAUACUGAGUAGAUACCGAAACUUACAGAAAUCCAGGAGGAAAUCUCCCAGAUACCCCGAAGAACCUUCACACAAAUAUCUUCAAAAUCCUAGACAUUUAACAAACCUACAGGAGGACAUCUCACAAAGUACAGGAGGACAUCUCACAAACCUACAGGAGGACAUCUCACAAACCUGUGGAAGGACAUCUCACAAACCUACAGGAGGACAUUUCACAAACCUGUGGAAGGACAUCUCACAAACCUGCAGGAGGACAUCUCACAAACCUACAGGAGGACAUUUCACAAACCUGCUGGAGGACAUUUCACAAACCUGCAGAAGGACAUCUCACAAACCUACAGGAGGACAUCUCACAAACCUACAGGAGGACAUUUCACAAACCUACAGAAGGACAUCUCACAAACCUACAGGAGGACAUCUCACAAACCUACAGAAGGACAUCUCACAAACCUACAGAAGGACAUCUCACAAACCUACAGGAGGACAUCUCACAAACCUACAGGACAUCUCACAAACCUGCAGGAGGACAUUUCACACACCUGCAGGAGGACAUCUCACAAACCUACAGGAGGACAUCUCACCAACCUACAGGAGGACAUCUCACAAACCUACAGGAGGACAUCUUACAAACCUACGGAAGGACAUCUAACAGGACCUCAGCAGAACAUAUACGCAUAUCCUCGAGGACCUUCAGGACAUCUCUGAUGCUCAUUUAAUUUAAUUUUAUAUACUGUUUAUAAAAGUUUAGGCAGAGUUUCAGAAGGUGCUGGGCAUCCAUAUAAACUCUGGCUAACAGAAGAAAAUAUCUGCAGUAAUAUUAAAAUCCUGAUCUAUUCUACUCCUUGUAACUUGAUGUGGCGAGUGCUAAGACUACAAAGUUGUUAGUGAAACAACAGUAUGACGAAAAUCUUGUAAACUUCUAUGGAAGUAAAGAUUUUCUGAUGUUUUGUAGCUUAAUCACUGAUAAUUUAUUUCUUACUUAAUGCAUGUAUUUGUUCUUUUGUUGUACAGUGGUUUUAAGUAUUCUGUUUUACUGUGCUAAUGCACUCAAUUGCCAUUGAGAGACAUUUAUUUAUAUGAUGUCUUAUUUAUGUAUAUUGAGAGCUGGAAAUAGAUAUGAUGUGAAGGCUUUAAUUCUUCUUAAUAUUUACUUCCCACAUGUACAGUAUUUACAAAUAGUGCAAAAAAUAUUUAAAAGAGAUAUGUCUGACAAUAUAAAAACCAGAUACAGUAGUUUUAAUCUUACUAUUUUUUGCUUUUAUGAGAUUUGAAUAAAAAAUAAAUGUGUGUUUUGAUUUUAACUGUUUGUAAAUACCGGGCAUUUUGUUCUCUUCUCAGUUGGAAUUUUGAAUAUAAACUGGAGGUGGAGUUUUCCUAUUCUAUAGAACAGACACGUACUGAUAAUAUAACUUACAUGUAUAUAUAUAUAUAUAAAUAUACCAAUCUUAAGUAAGCAUUGAAUUACUUUUGUAAAAAAACACCAAAAAAAACCCCCAAUAUUAUAGUGUAAAUGUGUUAUACAGGGAUGCAAGAGUACUAGUGUGGCUGAAGCAUGAAAGUGAAUGGAUGUUUAUUUCAAGUCAAAUGUGAAGUCACAUAUAUAAGAAUAUUUACAUAUAAUGAAUGUUAAGUAUUUUGGAUUUAGAGAUAUAAGAAAGAUUGUGUGCAUAAAUGCAAUUUACCUUAAUGUUAAGGUAAUGUGUAUCAUAAUUCAUCGUUUCCAUAUGAAUUCAUUUACAAACUACUCCCAUCCUCAUGUUAUUCUGUAUUGUUAAUUUUUUCAUGUUAAAGGUAACAUAUGUUUCUGUUUCAUUUUAUAUUGUAAUCAAUUUUUGAUGAAUUAUGACUUGGUCUUUGCGAUUCACAUAAAGCCAAAAAAAAGGUAUCCUAGAAUUGUAAGUUUAUAAACAAUAUGGCCAUCAUGGGGAAAAGUUGUUUUCAUUGAUAAAAUUGAAGCUUUGCAAAUCUGCAUUUUAGAACAUCUGUACACUGACCAAGUCUGAUAUCAUAUAAUGUACUUGCAGGUGAAUAUGCUAGAGUAUUGAAGUACUCUCUUCUAAUGUUCAUGUUUUAAAGAAAAUCCCCAUUGACUUACACUGUGAACUAUUGAUUGUGAUCUGAAAGUAUUUAUAAUUUCAUUUCAACAAUAAAAUAGGUUGAACCUU